GAAGAAGAAAAAAGAAGAACUCAGUGCAAACCAAUAAUGUAUAACAUCCUGGAAUGUAAUUCUAUCUAUUGGCCAUUGAGAGCACACCCAGUAGGAGCAGUCCUCCACAGGAAUGAAUGGAAUUCUACACUAUUUCAAUUAAUUGUUUCAAGGACAAAAUGACAUGUAUUUAAGUACUUAUUUUGUAAUGUUGGGGACAGUAACAUUAGCUAUCACUAAAAAGUAUACUUGUUUUACUUGUAAUGUUUAUAUAUUUUUUUGUCAUGUUUUAUUUGUAUGUUUAGCUCACAUAUUAGUAAUGUAAACGUAUGCAUUAAGGUGUAUGUAAUAUAAUGAAUGUGGCAAAAACGAAUGUAGACAUUAAUACAUGCAUAUCUAUAGCUUCCUAAAUUUUUCAACGUUGGGGGAGUGCCAAGAUGGAGGCACGGCGGCUUCAACACAGCGCCCCCUAAAAGUCAUCUAGUUGUAUACAUAAAUUAUUGGUGCAAACUCAUCCCAAACCCAGCGCAUGCAGUCACAUGAGAACGCGCCAUGGCUUCAGUUACCUCAACCAGUCGCCCAACUCGCUCCUCCCGACGAAGCGGCGCCGGCCCGUCCAGCACCAGUCCAACGCGGCUCUCCCGAAGCCAGGAGAAAGAGGAGCUUAGCCACCUGAACGACCGCCUGGCCGCCUACAUAGAGCGGGUCCGCCAGCUGGAGAAUGACAAGUCCUCAAUGCUGCUUCUCCUGGAGGAGAAAGAGGAGUCCACGACCCGGGAGACGGCCAACGUUCGGCGGCUGUACGAGACCGAGUUGGCCGACGCGAGGAAGAGCUUGGACGUGCUGGCUAACGACAGGGCCCGGCUGCAGAUAGAGAUGGGUCAUCUUUCUGAAGAGCAUAGCAACCUACAAGCCAGGAACCAGAAGAAGGAAGCAGAGUGUAACAUGGCCAUGGGUCAGUGGAGGAACUUGGAGGCAGUCCUCAACUCUAAAGAUGCAGAGCUGGCCAAUCAACUGGCAGAUAACAGAAGACAGGCGGAUGACGUCACUGACCUACAGGCCCAGGUGGCCAAUUUGGAGUGUGCGCUGGCGGAGACUAAGACCCAGCUGAACUCUGAGAUGUUGAGGAGGGUGGACCUGGAGAACCAGGUGCAGACGCUACGGGAACAGCUGGAGUUCCAGAGACACAUUGGCGAACAGGAGGUCAGGGAGAUCCGGAGCAGACAUGAGAGUCGCCUGGUGGAGGUGGAUUCUGGGAGACAGAAAGAAUUUGAGAGUAAGUUGGCUGAGGCCAUGCAGCAGCUACGGCAGGAGCACGACGGACAAAUCCAGCAGUAUAAAGAGGAUCUGGAGAAGAAUUUCAAUGCCAAGCUGGAGAACGCCCAUCAGACGGCGCUGAAGAGUAGUGACUUUGCCUCGUCCACCAGAGAGGAGCUGUCUGCCACCAAGCUCCGCAUCGAGACCCUCUCCUCACAACUCAAUCACUUCCAAAAACAGAACGGGGCCUUAGAGGGGCGUGUGCGGGAGCUGGAGAGGACCCUGGACCGGGAGCGCGAGGUGUGGCAGCAGCGACUGAGCCACAAGGACGAGGAGAUGUCGGCCAUGCGGGCCCAGAUGCAGAGCCAGCUGGAGGACUACGAGCAGCUGCUGGAUGUCAAGCUGGCCCUGGACAUGGAGAUCAACGCCUACCGCAAGAUGCUGGAGGGAGAGGAGCAGAGACUCCACCUCUCCCCGAGCCCCUCCCAGCAUGGGGCCAUGGCACGCACGCAGGCACACGGCGCCCGCCGAGUUGUCCGCGGGAAGAAACGCAAGAAUGAAGGUGGCACGGGGUCCUCGCCAGCCUACAAGGUCUCGCAGCACGCCAAGGCCCACAGUCACAUGAUGGUGUCGGAGAUAGACCUGAAGGGGAACUACGUCACACUGAAGAACAGCUCUGAGAAGGAGCAGCCACUAGGGGGCUGGGUGGUGAGGAGAAGUCACCUGGACUCUCCUGAACUGUUCUUCCAGAUCCCCCCUUCCUACAUACUGGCUGGGGGCAACACCCUCACUAUCUGGGGUUCGGAGGCAGGCGUAGAGGCCUCUCCAGGUGACCUGGUCAUGAAGAACCAGAGGAACUGGGGUCCGGUCAACAACGUGAUUGUCACCCUACUGAACCCAGAUGAAGAGGAGAUCGCAGAGCUGCGUGUGCAGGAGAGAGGAGAGGAAGACUCUGAUGUGGAGGUUGAUGAAGAGUUUAUGGAAGGGAGUGAUGUUCACUACCUCAGGAGACAGCCCAAGAGAAGGAAAAGGAAGUGCUGUCUGGUGUUGUGAACAGCCUGUCUCAUGACACAGACCGAUGGAGGCUCCGGGGAGAACAAACGAGAGUUGCUCUGUUAUGUAACUCCACCUUCCUCCUUUCACAAUUCUGACCUGAGAACGCUGCAUCCGACCCAGGAAUUCCCAGGAAUACCACUGGAAAGGCUACAAUGACAUCCUAUCCCCUACAUAGUGCGUUACUUUGCCAUGAACCACAGCGUGGGCACUGCACAGGGAAGUGGGUGUCAUUUGACACUGGCCAUGUCACCAAUGGUAUUAUUUAUGUGCCCUGUGGGAGCUUGAUGGUGAUUUGGGAGCACUGCUACACAAAUGUGUGUGAUUUCAAUGCAGAUUUUUUCCUAAACUAAUGCAAGAGUUUGGCUGGUUGUAUAGUUGCCUGUACCUGGAAAAAUAGUGAGGAGCCCUUUAAAAUUGCAGAUCUGUUAGUGCUGUCUAGUCAACUCCUAUGGUCAUUUGUCUAAACAGCACAGACAGAUCUGGGACCAGGCUUGUAUUCUUUAAGCAGCGACAUGGCGUUUGUCCUGCUACUCUGGUUCCCAACACGUCUCUCCUCCCGCUUGCUGCGAGUGACAUUCAUGUGCCCCUUACUGUCUUUAAUGCCACAUCAUUCAAUUGUCAAAGUUUUUAAGAAAAUAUGUUUCAUUUGUCAUACAGUAUGUGUCUCCUGACUGUUUAAAAUCCUGUUUGGGAAAAUGACAGAUUGUUCCACUCGUAUGGUAUUACAGUAUGUUAGUACUAUAACUAACUGUAAGAUGAAUGUUUUCUGGUGUUUUUACCCUUCAACCUGCAGCACUUUUUACCACUGAGAGAGGAGUUAUACACUGAAUAUAUCCAUCAUAUAAUGUGGACAUGUUUCAUGUUCAUCCUGAAGUAUGUGGACAGGAUGCUUUUCCUGUGUUUGACAGGUACUUUGGUGGCUUUGCAAUAUUGUUUCUUAUUUUAUUUCUGAAACUUUAUUUUCUUUCUAUUUAGAAAAGCAACUAACUGUAACAUCCUCUGAACGUCCAAUUGACGUCCGAAGAAACUCAAUGAUGGCUUGUCCUUAUGCACCAAAAUACUUAUGAUUUCAAUAAAGAUUUUUCCUUAACUAA